UGCUGCGACUGAGAAAUGGGCGUAACCAUGAAGGCUCCCUACAAGAGGCCAGGGGAGAAUGAAGACCAGGAGGAGGAGGCGGCAACGGCCGCUGGGCGUCUUGCAGCGACCUCGGAGGCCGAGGAGAGUUUGGAAGUUGAUUCAGACUCCGACCAGCAGACGGAAGGCAUCCAUCGGCCUGGAGAACUGGUCAAGGAUACCCUCUACCUGAGGUCUUGCCAGGCCCAUAGAGUUGUGCCUGCCUCCUGCUUUCUGCGCCAAAGGAAUGCCCCAGAGCUGAACCUGCGGCACCGUGGCCUGGGGCCCCAGGGUGCCCGGGCUCUGGCUUCUGCACUGAACUCCAAUCCCUAUGUCAAGCGGCUGGACCUUCGAGACAAUGGGCUCUGUGAGGCUGGUGUGGAGACCCUGGCAAGUGCCCUGAGCAAAAGCAGCAGCAUUUGUGAUGUGGACCUGUCGGAGAACCAGCUGGGAGCAGUGGGAGCCCGGGCUGUCUGUGCUGUCCUCGCGGUGAACCCAACCAUGCAGAAGAUACAUCUGGCAGGGAAUGGCCUGGACGAGCAAGCAGCUCCGUACCUUGCUGAACUCUUGCUGGCCCACACGGGCAUGAAAUCCCUGGACCUGAGCUAUAACCAGCUGAAUGACCAAUUUGACCUCAUGUAUGCAAAGCGAGCCUUUGUGCACUGGUACGUGGGGGAAGGCAUGGAGGAAGGGGAGUUCUCCGAGGCCCGGGAGGACCUGGCAGCUCUGGAGAAAGAUUAUGAAGAGGUGGGUGUGGAUUCCGUGGAAGCAGAGGCUGAAGAAGGGGAAGAAUACUGA